CUUGGAGAAGAGGCGAUAGAGGAAAGGAGUGCUUGUGCUUUGCCAUCCCAAACAGAGCACCACCUCCUGUUUGUCUGGAAGUAGCAUUUGCUGCACGUCUACAAGUGCCUUGGAAGGGGGCUGGUCUAUCCUGGCAGUCCGUAAUUUGUUUAGUCUUCUUCUAUAGGAUUUUGAUGUGUUCUGAGGUGUAUUAGCUGAAAAAUCUGAGAAUGGAUUGACUACAUUUUACCUCAUUAGAAGUUUACAGUACGUUAAAUAAAGCCUUGGAAAUGGCUCUACAGUUGAUAAGCCUCACUUUGGAUGUCUAGAACUUCUGUGCAAAGCAGCUGGAAUUAGUUGAACACGAUAACCACUGCUGAUUCAUUUGCAUCCUCCAACAUGACCGGUCCUCAGCCUGCAAUAGAAGGCGGUGUUUCAGAAGUUGAGAUAAUUUCGCAGCAAGUUGAAGAAGAGACCAAAAGCAUUGCCCCCGUACAGCUUGUUAAUUUUGCUUAUCGAGAUCUACCCUUAGCUGCACUUGACCUGUCUGUGGCUGGAUCCCAGCUUUUAUCAAAUUUGGACGAGGAAUACCAAAGAGAAGGAUCUAACUGGCUAAAGCCGUGCUGUGGGAGACGAGCAGCUGUGUGGCAGGUAUUUUUGCUCAGUGCAAGUCUCAACAGUUUCCUGGUAGCCUGUGUAGUGUUGGUGGUGAUUCUUCUGACUCUGGAACUCCUAAUAGAUAUAAAGCUUCUCCAGUUUUCAAGUGCUUCUCAGUUUGCAGGAGUAAUUCACUGGAUCAGCCUAGUCAUCCUGUCUGUUUUCUUUUCAGAGGUACGUAUGACCAAAGCUUUUCACCACACACAGAACUGCAAGACUAUUUUGAGGAUUGUGGUUCUUGGCAUAUGGGAUUACAUUGAAAACAAAAUAGAGGUGUUUGAUGGUGCUGUCAUAAUCUUGUCCUUGGCGCCAAUGGUGGCCUCAACAGUAGCUAAUGGGCCCAACAGCCCCUGGGAUGCUAUCAGCCUUAUUAUCACACUACGAAUAUGGAGAGUGAAGAGGAUCAUUGAUGCGUAUGUCCUUCCAGUGAAAGUGGAGAUGGAGAUGAUGAUUCAGCAGUAUGAGAAAGCAAAGGUUAUUCAGGAUGAGCAGCUGGAAAGACUAACCCAGAUCUGCCAAGAACAAGGGUUUGAGAUCAGGCAGCUGAGGGCUCACCUUGCUCAGCAAGAUUUGGACCUGGCUGCAGAGAGAGAGGCUGCGCUGCAGGUCCCACAUGUGCUGAACAAACAGAGCAGCAACAGGUACAAGGUGGUUGCCACUGAAGACUCAGACGAUGAAGCCACUGAGACCAUCACCGAGCUGCAGACUCCACGAGAGGAUGACAUGAACAAUUACAUCAGCCGGUACUACAAUGAGCCCAGCAGUGACAGCGGUGUUCCUGAGGCCGCCAUCUGUGUGGUCACCACGGCCGCCAUCGACGUCCACCGGCCCAACAUCUCCUCCGAGCUCUUCACGGUGGAGGUGCCGAUGCGGCUGAGCAGCACCGGGACGUCCGCCAGCAUCACUUCGGGCAGCGCCUCCCGCUCCACCGUCAGCUCGGGCACACGGGCGUGCAGUGAGAGCAGCCAGACGCUGGGCUCCUCGCCGGACUGCAGCGCAGCCUGUGAGGAUGGGGCAGGCGCCAGCCCUCAUACCGAGCUGGUGCCCAGCCAGCAGCGGGUGGCACAAGCCAUGGUCCAGGAGCUGCUCUCUUCCCUGUCCGAAGAGGCGCGCCUGGCACAGAAGGGGCUGGACCCUGUCAACCUGAAGCUGCCCAGCCCAGCGGGCUCAGUGAGGGCCAGCCCUGACCUUGGCCACCGCCUCAGCGUCUACAACCGCAGGAAUCAGGAGAACCUCGAUGUCCUGCAGCUCAAGCCACUCAUUGACUCUCCUCAGGGCCCCCCAGUGACUGAUGACAAGUAUGGCGCCCUGGGACCCCCCGAGCCACGGCUGAGCAAGGUACCUGAGGCAUAAGGACAGCUGUGGCACACCCACUGUGCUUGGGUCAUCACCAGGCAGCACCGAAGGCCUCCUAUGGCACCUCCAGCAGUGGCCACCAGCCCAGGGCUGGACCAGCACCACCCAGCUGGUCCCCAACAGGCCUGCCCUGCUGCCAGCUCUGGGCCAGCUGGUACCUACCGUGUCCUCUGAGGCACAGGAGACCUUCCUCCUGUCCACAGCCAGCAGGAGUGGACUCAGUGCCCAGUGGCAGGGAGAAAAGACUACAGCUGUGUCCUGCCACCAGCCUGGGGUUAGCCCCAAGGUGCACAGACCUUCCACCAGCACCAAGCUACAGUGUCCAGGGACAGAGCUGCUGGCCAGCUUGCUCCCAGCGCCCAUGUCCUCUGCACAGCUGGGAGGGGAGUGAGGCUGGGAAUAAACACUGACAACCACCACUGCCUCCCUUGUUCCUGUCUUCCAUCCCUCUUCCCUUCCUUACCUUACCUGCCUUUAUUCCUUUUCCUACCAUUUUUUCCUCACUCUCCCCACCACCACCACCACUUGAUCUCCCAGCUCAUUGCCACCCACAAAAAGAAACUUAGAAAAAAAACCCCACAGUUACAUCCCCUCUUACCACUACAAUCCUUUAUUACUGUUAUUCUUUCUUACCACCUCUGUCUCCACCUCCACCCAUACCAAACACCGCCCAGCAUGAACAUACACCGACGCUGGUGCUUUGCCAUACUCCUGGGGGUGUGCUGUCGUUACUCUCCAGCCCAACUGCAGCCAUUGCAGUUGUUCACUUCUUCUUCAGGAGCUCCGUCAUCUCAGGCACCGCCUG